GUGCAGGAUGCGAUCGAGCAGCCUAAUUGCUCCCCCUGCAUCAGCAGCAUCUAUAAAGCAUCCUGGGAAUUGCUUGCCUUACUGUUCAGAGCAGCUGGUCACAUGAGCCUGAAUUUUCAGUUCAGUUCAUUAGUCAGCCAUUUUGGUCAACACCCUGCUUACUGCGCACAACCAAUCCUAUUAGAACUCAGCAUCCCGGCUCAUCUGAGCAGAUCCUGGAAGUGAUUUCGGCAGUUCAGGAUUUUUAUAAAGCUAAAUUGAAAAUAUUGGUUUAUAUUUCUUUCAUAUUUUUUUCCUUUUGUAAUUUUUUCUGCACCAAGAAGGAGGAUUUUUCACUUAUUCAUGCAGAGGCCAGUUUUUUAUAGCCCACUAAGGUGGCAUCGACUGUGUAGGAUUUAAAGCCUAUAUAGCUCAGCUGAAAAAGAAGGGGGUUGGGAAGGGAAGAUAAAAGGAGAGAAGCUGGGAGAAGACAAGCAUUAUCUUAUUUUGCUAUGUGGUAGGAACUGUUUAUGAGAAAAGAUAGCAUAGAAUUGUUUAUCUUGAACAGUUGAUUCUUAAACCAUAAGGUAUUUUUCCUUGUUAUUUUUUUUGUUUGUUUGUUUGUUUUUUUAAAACUCCCCCACCCCUUUUCUUGAGAGCUUUGUUCCAGAGCUUUGAAUUUGGGGUUUUUUGGUGAGGAGGUUUUAUUUAUUUUUGUGGAGUGCGUGUUUGUGUGUGUGUGUGUGGGUGGGUGUGUGUGUGUGUUGUGGUCCCAGCUGAGUCAUCAUGUCUGCUCUGACGCCUCCGACCGAUAUGCCAACCCCCACCACUGACAAGAUCACACAGGCUGCCAUGGAGACCAUCUACCUUUGCAAAUUCCGAGUGUCUAUGGAUGGAGAAUGGCUCUGCCUGCGAGAGCUGGAUGACAUCUCACUUACGCCUGACCCAGAGCCUACCCAUGAAGAUCCUAAUUAUCUCAUGGCUAACGAACGCAUGAACCUGAUGAACAUGGCCAAGCUGAGUAUCAAGGGCUUGAUCGAAUCAGCUCUGAACUUGGGGAGAACUCUGGACUCUGACUACGCACCUCUCCAGCAGUUCUUCGUGGUGAUGGAGCAUUGCCUGAAACAUGGAUUAAAAGCUAAGAAAACUUUUCUUGGACAGAAUAAAUCCUUCUGGGGGCCCCUAGAACUGGUAGAAAAACUUGUUCCAGAAGCUGCAGAGAUAACAGCAAGUGUUAAAGAUCUUCCAGGACUUAAGACACCAGUAGGCAGAGGAAGAGCCUGGCUUCGAUUGGCAUUAAUGCAAAAGAAACUUUCAGAAUAUAUGAAAGCUUUGAUCAAUAAGAAGGAGCUUCUCAGCGAAUUCUAUGAACCAAAUGCACUCAUGAUGGAAGAAGAAGGAGCCAUAAUUGCUGGUCUGUUGGUGGGUCUGAAUGUCAUUGAUGCCAAUUUCUGUAUGAAAGGAGAAGAUUUGGAUUCUCAGGUUGGAGUUAUAGACUUUUCAAUGUAUCUCAAGGAUGGGAAUAGCAGUAAAGGUAGUGAAGGAGAUGGCCAGAUUACUGCAAUUCUGGAUCAGAAGAACUAUGUAGAAGAACUCAACAGACAUCUGAAUGCUACUGUAAACAACCUUCAGGCAAAAGUGGAUGCAUUAGAAAAAUCCAACACUAAACUGACAGAGGAACUUGCAGUUGCAAACAAUAGGAUUAUUACCUUGCAAGAAGAAAUGGAACGAGUUAAAGAGGAAAGCUCCUACAUAUUGGAAUCCAAUCGGAAGGGUCCUAAGCAAGACAGAACUUCAGAAGGGCAAGCACUAAGUGAAGCAAGAAAGCAUUUAAAGGAGGAGACACAGUUACGACUGGAUGUUGAAAAAGAGCUGGAGAUCCAGAUCAGCAUGAGACAGGAGAUGGAAUUGGCUAUGAAGAUGCUGGAGAAGGAUGUCUGUGAGAAGCAGGAUGCCCUGGUGUGUCUGCGGCAGCAGCUGGAUGAUCUCAGGGCUCUCAAGCAUGAACUCGCCUUUAAGCUACAGAGUUCAGACUUAGGAGUAAAGCAGAAAAGUGAACUAAACAGUCGCUUAGAAGAGAAGACUAAUCAGAUGGCUGCUACCAUUAAACAACUCGAACAAAGUGAAAAGGAUUUGGUGAAACAGGCAAAGACCUUAAAUAGUGCAGCAAAUAAAUUGAUUCCAAAACAUCAGUAGGCAUUUUGCAGUUGGUCACCUCGCAAGUCUGAUAUCACAACUUAAUUGUAAAAGGAAGAAAGUUAUUAUAUUUAGGCUCUGAUAUUUAUAAAAUAUCACCAAAAAUUGAAUUUGUUGGACUUUUAAAAAAGUUUGAUAUAUAGGCUGUGUUUUUUCUUCUUUAUUUUCUCCCCAGAGUUAGAAGAAGAUUUAGUAUAAGUUCUUAAUUAAAUGCCAAAUAAACUUUGAGAAAUUAUUUCUCAGUUGACCUAUAAAUAAAUACUCCAUUAAGAAAAAGCCUAGGGAAUUGAAGCUUUGUACACAUAUUAUCGAUGCCUUUACAACCCAGACCCUGAUGAUAUCCGAUUCUGGUGCAUUGUCUGUAUCAGCGUGCUUGUACUGCCGUUGAGAUGUGAUGAACUGGAGGUGACUACCAUAUGGACUUGGACUCUUCUAAAGUAGUUCUGUGUCUCUUAGGCCGUGACCCGUUUUCACUUUCUUUAUAUAGGUUUAAUCCCCAAGCCAGGAUAAUAAGUACUUAGUAUUUCACUACAGUUCUAUUCUCAGUAACCAAGAUUGCUUGCAACUUUUUUGCCUUAGUAACUUUGGGUGGGGAGGGAAACAGCAUCCUUACAUUUCUUUAAAGUACAUAGAGAUAAAGUUAGUGAUUAGAUAACUUAUGAUAACACAGUAAUGUGGAAGCUUGGGAAAACCCUCUUAAUAUUUGUCAUCUCUACCUCUGCCAUUUUCCUGCAAUUCUACUUCUUAUUUAGGUAGUUCAUAGAGAACAAUUUUAAUGAAAACACUUCUCUCCUAUAUAAAAAAAUACAGUACACAUUUUAAGAAUCUAUCCUGCUUUUCCCUUUUGGAGUAAAAACGACAAGGUAUUGACACAAGUAAUGGUUUCCUGCAUGUCAUUCCUUGCUGGAAACAUUUUCUUAAGAAUUUCUGUUACUUUUUGUUCUGAUGGGGAGUUCCUAAAGGUUCUGUGAAACUAACCUUCUAAUUAUUAGAAAAUCAUUUCAGAGUAGGAAAUAGGUAAAUUAUAAACUUACAUUCUUUAUUAUUAGUCUAAAAAUAAAGAUCCCCACUAGAUAUCAACAAUAAUUUGCAGGGCUUCUUUCUCCAAGUGAACACAGGCAUAACACUUUCUAGGCUUUACAAUGUAAAUAAUCAUAUAAUACUUUGAUUUUUUUCUUUAACGACUUUUGAUUUAGAGGGACAGGCUUUCCUUAAACCUUCAUUCAAAAAGUUGUGGCAAUUUUUUUUAUUUUUUUCUCUUUUUUUCUCAUUCUGGUAUGAUUGGCAGCAUUUCAGCUGCUUAGGCAGGGACAGAGAUAACUCCUUUGCUUCCAGCUCUUGCAAUUCUUUACCACCUUCUUGGAAAAACAGAAAUUAAGAGUACAAUAGAUUUCACCUAUGCUUUUAUAGGUCCUUGCAGACUUGAACCAAAAUCAAGUCAAAGAGUACAUGACUAACCUCAUGGAAGAUCCUGUGCUCUUCAGCUUAUUUUAGUUCUUAUAAUUUUGCACCUCUUGUUAUCUUCAUCGACCUUUUGUGGCAAGUUGCCUUCUCUGUGAGCAUUUGGAAGGAGUGCUUAAACAGCAAAAUAAAACAUUUUAAAGACUACACAUAGCAUGCUUCCAAAUUCUAUUACAUAGAGUCCCAGAUGUUUCACCUUUUAGAACAUUCUUUUUCGGUGCAAAGUUAUAGGACAUAUAGCAGAAAACAUACAUCAGGAUCUUCCAGAGAAUAUGGUCAGGAAUCUUUUACAGGCCUGGUGCUGAAUCGUUCGUCCACUUAGUCACAUACCACUUGGUAGGAAUAGAAAAGGAAAGAGAUGGCUAAACUGACAAAGGCUUUGCCUUACAUAACCCAGAGCCUGGGUAAAGGUUGAUGUAUGAUGUCUAAUGAUUUAAUGCAAUUUGUGGUUUAGGGGAAGGACCAGGAAAAUGUCCUAAUUCCACAUAUAAGAAUGUAGUUGCCCAUUUGCAAGUUCCAGUUAAGUGUAUAAACAAAUAUAAAAUACCACACUAAUUAGGAAAUAAAAACAAACAAACAAGUGGAUUUAACUUUAAUAACUGUGUGCUUGAGGUUGGCUUUGGAUAUGGAAUUUCUAAAAAGUGAUGUUUUGUUGUUUAUCAUCUAAUGGCUGUAAACUGUAGUACUAGAAUAAAAAAAAAAAAUGGAAAAUCA